AAAACUCACAAAACUAGAGCUUGGCUUUCAAGAGAUAGAAGAGUCUUCAAGAGCUCUAUCUCUCGCUUUCGCGUGCUCUUAGAUAUUUCUUUGCCCGUUCAUAGUUUUUGUCGAUCCGACCAAAAAGGAGAGAAAUAAUCAAGAAAGCAGAACAAAUGGCUCUACCUCACAAUGUAUGGGCAUUUGUGUUCGGAAUCAUGGGUAACAUUAUAUCAUUUGUCGUGUUCUUAGCCCCAGUACCGACCUUUGUAAGGAUAUGCAAGAAGAAGUCUACAGAAGGAUUUCAGUCUCUUCCCUAUCUUUCAGCGCUAUUUAGCGCACUGCUUUGGAUUUACUAUGCUAUGCAAAAAGAUGGCUCAGGCUUCCUUCUCAUAACAAUAAACGCUGUUGGCUGCUUCAUCGAAACCAUCUACAUCGUCCUUUUCAUAACCUAUGCUAACAAGAAAACUAGAAUUUCCACUUUAAAGGUUCUUGGUCUCUUGAACUUUUUGGGUUUUGCCGCCAUUGUCCUUGUCUGCGAGUUCUUAACUAAAGGAUCGACACGUGAGAAAGUUCUCGGAGGGAUUUGCGUUGGAUUUUCCGUCAUUGUUUUCGCAGCUCCUUUAAGUAUCAUGAGAGUGGUUAUACGAACAAGAAGUGUGGAGUUUAUGCCAUUCUCUUUAUCGUUGUUUCUUACACUUAGCGCCGUCACAUGGCUCUUCUACGGUCUGGCUAUUAAAGACUUCUACGUUGCCCUUCCAAAUGUGUUGGGCGCGUUCCUAGGAGCUGUUCAAAUGAUUCUCUACAUAAUCUUCAAGUACUACAAAACUCCGGUGGCUGAGAUGACGACAGAGAAAUCCAAAGCGGUGUCCGACCAUUCCAUUGACAUGACAAAGCUAACCACCGUUAUGCCCACUCCAGUUUCGGAUACAGCGGUUCAUCCACCGCAUGCUAUUCAAGAUGUUCCCGACUCUCAGAUUCAAGUUACGUAGGUCAAGAACCAGAAUAUAACCCGUUUGAAGCAUCAGAACAACAAGGAUCUCGAGGACCAAAACCAACUUUAAGUAGGGAAUCUUAUUUAGACAUUAAUAAUAAUGCGUUGUUUGAGUUGUGCACUCUAGUUAACUUUUUUUCCUUUUUA